UUGAUGUGGGUGAGAAUGGGAGGUGAGACAGGCUCCUCCUCAUGGCCACGUAGGGCUGUGUGCUCAAACCCAUUGACGUCAAUGAGCCAGGCUGGCACGAGCACCGUCUGUCAAUUAUGCGGGAGGGAAGUAACAUCCUGUAGGCUAUCCUCUCUUCUAUCGGAACAGACAGGAGGAGGAAGGUCCCGCAGCCUCAGGGGGAAACUACUCCACCAUGGGGGGACAUCCGUGAGCAGAUGAGCGGACAUGGAUGAAUCCAGCAGCAGUGAGUCCAGCAGAGGAGGAGCAGUGAGCAGGCUUUGAAUUACAGGCCUGCCCCCUCUCUCCAUCACCCAGCCCCCCCCCAACACAGACGCUACAUUCACCAGAGGAAACGGAAAAGAGGAAACAAGAAAGCUUUUUCAUUUCCAAAACCCCGGGGCUGUGGAAAGAACACAGAGUUCCUUUCUUUUAAAAACCUAAACUUCUCCACUUGUUGGCUUCAUCGUCAGACCACAAACACCCGGCCUUUCCUUCCUGUUAUUCCCACUUUUUAUUUUGCCCAUCUUUUCCUCCAGCUGUUUGCAGCUGGCAGAAAAGCACCCGCCCUGUUCGGGUUAAGAGGGACCGAGAGUGACCGGAGGAGGAGAAGAUAGAAGAAGAUGCCUCCACAACAACCUCCACAAUCUCAGAUGAAGAAGAAUAUCCUCAAGUUCCUCCAGAGUUUCCUGGGAAUCAUCCGGAUCCUGCAGAUCGUGUUCGGAGCCGGCCUGUGGGUCACCAUCGCCGCCAACAAAUACGAGGGCUCCAUCCACUUCGUCCUGUUCGUGGCGGUGCUCUUCUGGCUCCUCACCCUCGGCCUCUUCUUCCUCACCCUGCUGGACAAGCAGGACCUGGUCCCGCUGCUCGGAGGAGACCGCUGGUCGGACACCAACCUGGCUCACGACGUGGCCGCCACGGUGCUCUACCUGCCGGCUAUAGGAGUCAUGAUCUACAAGACGGACCGACACGCCUACUGCAACCUGGAGCUGUACACGCACCUCUGUCUGUACAAGGUCUACCUGACGGCUGCUGUGUUCGCCUGCCUGUGCUGCCUGGCUUACCUCCUGAGCCUUAUUUAUGGGGCAUGCAGGAAGUGUCGAGGAGAACAGACCCUACCUGUUGCCAUCUGAUGACUGGAUACAGGGAGAGGGGUAUAUAUGGGUCCUUCAGGGGGGCAUCCACAGCAAGAUGAGGAAUAGUUCACUUCACUGUAAUUUAACUCAACAGCUACUCUAAUCACAGGUUUGUCUCUAUUGUCUCCCCACACACCAAAACCUUCCACUUUGGUGGUAGUGGAGCGGAUAGUGGAAAAAGCAUGCAAAUAGUGAUACAAGCACCAAAUUUGGCAUGAUGAUUCCAGAGGGGACACUGAGCAAAUAUGAACGAUUGGCAACUUGAAAAUCCAAGAUGACCAUGGCCAUUUGUCACGAUGGCCGCCAAUGGUUUCUCUCAUAAAAAUUCAUCUACUUGGUCGAUAUCAGUGAUCUUGGUUGUCAAAUUAUAUGUUGUCUAGCAUGCUGGAUCUAAUUUUGAUAGUUU